UUUUGCUCGGGAAUUUUGUUUUUGGGCGAGUGUUCUUGAAAAAUCUCCAAAAAUGAGUCCUCCAACCACACAAUUCGGUAUUCAAAGUACCGCUGGAGCGAUUCCAGUGAAAAACACAAAAGGAGAGAUAUCGAUGCAAAAGGUAAAAGUGCAUCGAUACGUAUCCGGUAAGCGUCCCGAGUAUGCACAGUAUGCCAGCAGUGAUGAGGAAUCGGAAGAAGAUGACUUCCUGGAAAACCGUCGAACCAACAACGAGGAACAACAGAACCGUGAAGAUUCUGACAACAAUGAUCUGCCGGAGGAUGUGGAUGAUCCGCGCAUCCGACGGUUGCAAGCUAUUCGAGCGGAAGAUCCCAGCGAGCUGGACUUGGACCGACGGGAACGGCACCGCGUCAUUCAUGAACCGGAGCUGGUACAGUCGGAAGAUGAGCAUGAUCGGGGCGGAAGCGACGAUGACCGUAUGGUGGAAAGUGGUGAUGAGGAGCAGGGCCGUGAGAAAAGUGGUGCCCGGCGAAGGCACAUUUCACUCGGCUCAGAGUCCGAGUCCGAGGCUGAGCUCAGCGAUACCGAGAUCGAACGGCGACGCCAGAUGCUUAAGGCCAAGAUGCUUCAGCAGAAGCAACGCGAAGAGGAGGAACUUUUGCAGAAGCAGGAAGAGGAAGGACUCUCGGAGUCGGAAGAAUCGGAAAGCUCCGAGUACGAGGAGGAAACGGAGAGUGAUGAGGAGAAUGAGCCCCGGUUGAAGCCACUGUUCGUCCGAAAGAAGGAUCGUACGACGAUUAUCGAGAAAGAACGUGAAGCCAAUCGACAGAAGCAGCUAGAGCAUGAGACGAAAAAGGCAGCCAAAGAGCGCCGGAAACAAACGCUACGGUUGGUCGAGGAAACGAUCAAGAAGGAGCUCGAAAAGGCCAAGGUGGAGAACGAACCGUCGCUCAACGAUAUCAACACGGACGAUGAGAACGAUGAAGUGGAAUACGAGGCGUGGAAAUUGCGGGAACUGAAACGUAUCAAGCGUGACCGGGAGGAGAAGGAACAACUCGAGAAGGAGAAACAGGAGAUCGAGAGGUUGCGAAACAUGACGGAAGAGGAACGACGUCAAGAGCUGCGCAACAACCCGAAGCAGAUUACCAACAAGAACGCGAAGGGCAAGUACAAGUUCCUGCAGAAGUACUACCAUCGUGGUGCGUUCUACCUGGACGAGGAGGACGACGUGUACAAGCAGGACUUCUCGGCACCCACGCUCGAGGAUCACUUCGACAAGACCAUCCUGCCGAAGGUGAUGCAGGUGAAAAACUUUGGCCGCUGCGGGCGUACCAAGUACACGCAUCUGGUGGACCAGGACACGACCAAAUUCGAUUCGCCCUGGGUUGCUGACACACCGAACAGCACCAUGUUCCUGACGGAUCGGGCCGGCGGUAUGAAGCAGGUGUUUGACAAACCCUCACUUUAUCGCAAAAAGCGUGAAGCAUAAAUAUAUUUCAGCACUACUACUCUCUA